UUCAACUUUUCUGUUUUUUUCUACUGGAAUAAUAGUGGCAUUGAUGAGCUUUCAAGGUUUAAUGUUGAUAAAAAACAUCGAUAACAUUGAGUUUGUUAUGAAAUUCUCUUCCAUCGCUUUAGGUCAAGCAACUCAUCUUCUGCUAAAUUGUAUUCCAGGACAGAAGUUGAUGGAUCAUAGUGCAAAUGUUUUUUAUUCCAUAUAUGAAAUUAAUUGGUACGAAAUGCCAAUUACUGUACAGAAAAUGUUAUUACUAAUGAUGAGGAGAAGUUUAAAAGAAACGAAAAUAACGGUUGGAACACUUGUUGUUUUUUCUAUCGAAACAUAUAGUUCGCUUAUGAAAAUGACUUUUUCCUACUUAAGUGUCUUAAAUUCCAUGAAGUAAAUACUUAUAACAAUAAUGAAAAAUAAAAUUGACAUCGUAC